UAUUCCAAAUUCCAGGCUCCUUCUGACAAAAUCACACUUUUCGUUAACAACGGCAGUCACAGUUCCCCAAACCGAAGCACCGAUAAUUUCCACGCGAUUAGCAUGACAAGAGUCCGGAAUGCGUCCCUCGGCAAUUACUUAAAAUAAUGACAGUCCAAACAUUGACUUUUCGAUUACUCGGAAGACGCUAAUCAGGCAGAAACGUUUGCUCCGGGCGCAUAGAAAGUUUGGUGUCCAUACAAUCGACGUUCGAGUCUUUGUGCCGGGUAUCCCUUUAUCAUUCGUGCCUUGCGGGGUAGAAAGCGGCUUCCAAUGCAACCCUUAUUUUUUCUUGGAAGCCUCUGCGACGGAUUUACCGCGUGUUCGAAUUAAUUCUGCGGCCGUAAAGUACGGAGAAAGGUCGGAAUUAAAUGGAAUCGCUCAGCAGUGUUAUAAAAUAUUCAAACGGCGCCUCGCAAAGUACGAUCUGUAAAAGUUGAGCCUUUUUGCACUAGGUUCGCUGGCGUCGGUCUCGGCUCCUCCCCGCUGUCGCCAGAGCGCCUUCUCACUUUUUCAUCUCGCGAGUGUGUCUCUUUUCACGCGCUUAGUCUGCUGCAUCUCUACGUAUGCCGGCUCAGACACAGCUAUGAAAAUUUUUACAAUUAAAAUAUACAACUGGAACAAAUAGAAGACCUAGUGGAAAAUUUGCCGUAGAAACAAAUCUGAAUUCUAAAAUUUCAAUAUUGUUCUGGUGCCGUGGCAAAUGCAGAGAUCGAAUGCAGAGGCACAACAUAAUAGAGCCGAAGGGUGACUGGGCCUAGAGAACUGAAAAGGGAGUCACUUUUAUGACUUUCAACGCCCCCAGGUAAAAGCAGCCCUGUGCGCGACAAAAGACUCGGCAAACAAUGCCUUUUGUUGAGCAACAGGGUUAACACCCUCUGCCUCAUCGGCCGCGCGCGGGAGCCGAAAUUUUUUAAAAAUUUUGAUCGGAAAAUUAAAUAUUAAAAUCAAUUGAGGAGUGCAUCGGCAAGACGAGAAAAACAAAGGCUAGCAUGCACCAAUUUUUCGAUAUCUUCCCCUCUGGUUAAAUUUCCCCCACUCGCGGAGAGCUGGGUGAAAUUACGUCACGUGAUCCAUUGAGCCAAUGUAGUAGCGCGCAAUCUCGUAAGCAUGCUUGGCGGCCAGUGGGGCCUCGCUCGCCCGCUACGCCGCCAGCCCAGCACUCGCACUGUCAAUCAAAGCCGCUCCAACCCUGCUCGGGUGCGCAUCGCAAAAAACGUCGCUCCCCGUCGGGACAACGUGACCGCGACUCCGGCCGACCGGCCUUUCGCUGCCAGCGCGGCCCGACCCCGGAAAAAGGACGCGGGCCCUUUCCUCUCGCUUUUCGGCCCUUUUCGGAGCCGCGGGGCCGAUCGGGGCCUGUUGACUGCCGCUGUUUUUUUGUGCUCGCAAGAUGUGAUAUUGCUGAGGGGGACCUGACAGCAGGUAUGCAGAACACCUGAACUUAUCUGGUGACCUUUUUUUCUCUAUCUCUCGUCGUGCCCCGUCCCGCUGUCAACCAUUCAACUCACUGCCGCUACCCCCGCCGACCGUAAUUGUGGCGACCGGCGUGGUUUGGCCCUUGUCCGCCGUGGUGUACCCACCGCCGCCCCCGCCGUCUGGCGCCUCGGCCGCGACGCCGCCGGCCUCGCCGAACCUGCUGCUGCUGCAACCGUCGUCGUCGUCGACGUCCAUCGGCUACUUCCACCCGCCGUCGCCGCUGUCCACCUCGCCGGCAUCCACCACCUGCACCACCACGGAUGUGUACGAACACCCGUGGGCCGCCGCCGCCUCCGCUGCCCCCGUCGUGACCACCGCCGCCACAACGGUGAUUUCAACCACGCCUCCGCACCACCCCCCUUCGGGUGGCGGCGGCGACCACCUGGUCAACCACCUCUACCACCAACCGCACCACCACCAUCAACAACAACAACAACACCCGCCCCCGCCGCCUCCGCACAAUGACCACCUACACCUGCACCACCCGCACCACCACCCGUCGGCGGACAUGUCCGACCCUGCGGCCUGCGCCCCCAUGGACACCACCCCCGCAGCAGCCGCAGCCAGCACGUUCAACAACUCAGCACCCUGGUGGGGGAUGAUGAAUGGUGCAGGUAACUCCAUAUAUCCGGAGGAACCUGCCAACAACCCGACCGCACCGUCGAGCACCACCGUCGCCACCACCAGCGCCGCGUCCAGCAGCACGCCGAGCAGCAGCUCACCGGCCACGCCAACCACCAGCAGCACCUCGAGUUCUGUGAACGCCGCGGCCGCCGCCAGCACAGGCCCUCUGCACAUUCCCGCCAAGAGGCUAGGCGCCUAUUCCGACUGCAGCCCCCCGUCGGACUCGUCGGCCGCCUCCGGAGGCCCGGGCGUCAUCCGGCACUCGCACCACGGCACCCAGCCUUGGGCGUACAACCACAACGACAGCAGCGCAGCCACAGCGGCCGCAGCCUUCGAGCCGCCCCAGUACGCGAACCGCGACUCGAUGACCCCCACCUACUACAACCUGGCCCCCGAGGGCCGCGCGUCGGCCGACAGGAGCAAGGCGGCCGUCUCGGCCGCCCUCUCCUCCUUUUGGCCGCCUAACGAGUACAAGUACAGUCCGGGACACGCGGCCGGCAUGGCCGGCGCCGACCAGAGCGCCUUCGCCGCCCAGACCUGGCACUACUCGCCCUACGCCACCAGGGUGCCGCACCACCACGUCGACCAGGGCACGUACCUGCAGGCCGCGGCGGCCGCCGCAGCUGCCGAGGACCGUGGCAGGGCCGCCAUGGACUCCUUCCCCCACGACACCUACGGCCUCAGGAACUACGCGGGCAGCGACCCCGCCACGCCCUACCCACCACCUCCAGUAACGAAACGUUCGCUUCUGUUUGCAGGCGUUCUGGGCGGCAGCAACUCGCUCGAGUGGGCCGGUAACGUGACUGUGCGCAAGAAACGCAAGCCCUACUCCAAGUUCCAGACGCUGGAGCUGGAGAAGGAGUUCCUGUUCAACGCAUACGUGUCCAAGCAGAAGCGGUGGGAGCUGGCCCGCAACCUGAACCUGACGGAGCGCCAGGUGAAGAUCUGGUUCCAGAACAGGCGCAUGAAGAACAAAAAGAACAGCCAGCGGCAGGCGGCGCAGCAGAACAACUCGAGCAACCACCACGGCCACGCGUCCAAGGGUCACCAUCAGUGACCUUUGGCCUUCUCCGGGGGCGCCAUGGUCGGCGGGCAUCACUCGGGACACCACCACCUGCUGCACCACCACCACGGCCUGGCCGCCUGAAGAGGCCGCGGCCCCUGGAGAACGAAACAUAAUUUUGCACCAGCUGCAUGCGCAACUUGUGAGUCAGGUUGAGUUGAAAACACACACACGCGCGCGCGUGAAUCGCGACAGGGAAGAACUCUCCAUCUGCCCGAAUGAACUCUGGACACACACACUUACACACAAAAGAGGCCAAAGUGACUGUUUUUUCUUAAGUUGAUUAUUAUUUUUAAAACGAUGAUUUUAGGGCGCGUUGUGGGCGCCCGUCGUGUAAAGAAAUGGACUUUCUAUAGCAUGUAGGCUUAUGAUUAAAAACGUGCGGAAAGCAAGAUGACGAAGAACACUUAUAAGAAUAUAUAUUAAUAAUGUCGCGUCGCGACAAAAAAUUGAACAGGUUACACUGAUUUAAUUUAUCUUUUGUACAGUGGCAGCUAUAUAUUCUGAGGUGCGGGGGGAGCGGUUCAAAAAUCGCUCCGCUUGCGUCUAUACUCUCUUUUUAUUUUGAUUGACAAUUGAAAUGUAUCGCAUAUUGGUGGAAUAGCAUUACGAAGAAGUUAUCCUUUUUAUUUGCAUCAGUGUUUGCGGUAAUAAAUAAAGUCGUCCAUCCUCUUGUAGUUGAAUAAAAAAAAGAAAUAAAUGUCUGUGUUUGUGGCAUUAUAAACUUAACAUUCACUGUGUAAUUGAACUUAAAAUUAUAUCACACACACACACACACGAUCUGUUAGGAAAAGUGAUCUUCAGACUAUUGGUACUCAAAUGAAAGUAGUUUUGAAUUUCUGAUUUUAUUCAAAUUGCCGGAGAAAAUUUGGAUUCCACCAAUUUUUAGGAUGCGCCUCGAAGCAGAAAGUACAAAACUGUCACAAAUUGCUUGAACCCUUUCAAAAGUUCCAAAUUUUCUCUUUGAAUGAAUAAAAUAUCACUAAAAAUUUAGACAUAUUGAGACGAGAAUUCCUAUAAGUUCCGUUUAAGUGAAGUUUGACCAUGCUCAACCACGUCUUGCCCAUGGAGUGACAAAUUAAUGAAAAAAUAUUUUGCGGCUCUCUAACAAGGAAUUUACUUGUGUAAAUUGCGCGAGGGGUUCUCUACGAUGAUACUUAGUCAAGCAGGGGAUGCUUUGAGAAACUAUUUAUGUAUUUUGCCAUCCCGCAGCGUCAUCAAUUGUCCUCUCCUGGAAAUUUUAAGAAAAUCGCAUAGUGUGUAAACCAAACGGCAAGUGUUAAACCAGCUACGUGUACUAUUUAUAUGAAUAUUAGAGUGUAAUAGCCCAUCAAUUUAUAUAUCAACUAGGAACUGGUGUCGUUUAUGCUAUCAAAUUACAAUUAAAAUGAUGCAAAUAUCCCAUAAUGUAACUCUCUCUAUCUCUGAUGCUAUAAUGUAAUUGCUAUUAAAUAAAUUAGAGCAGCAUGCGUCAAAUGGAAUAUCAUCGUAAACGGUGCAGAGUUUAUAAUUUCACAAAAUUUUAAAUGCCAUAUGUAUUAAAUUAUGUUCAAGCAAGCAAUAUUUUAAUAUUUAUUUGCUUUCAAUUGAUGACCGUGUUGAGCAAAAUGCAAUUAUUACGUUUUUGUACUGUUGAUUUAAAGUUGUAACAAAUGACGAUUAUAAUUGAGCCGCGUGAGUUUUUUUUAUGUAAUGUGUACCAUGAACGUGAAUCACACCAGAAUUGUGUCGUUGAAUUACUUGUAACAAAACGCAACCUAUUUCUAUCCAAAUUAAAUUCAAAAAUUCUGCAAAAAAAUUAAUAAAGCGUUUUGAAAUUUUAUUUUUUGAAAUUCCUGUUUAUGUGGCGAGCUCUAUGUUGCAAUGUGACAAAGUGAACACUGAAAGAUGUCAUUGUAAAUAAAGUGGAAUCUCAUAAAA